AAACAACUGACACACACGCUUCACCAGAUAAAAGAAGCUUCGCACGCCAGCGGCAGAAUCAGUGUUUACGUGAUUCGAUCAGUUAAAGGUGCUUCCGCCGUGAAGACGUGCUUCAAACUCUGCCCCGAUUUCUCGACCUGAGCUUUGUGGAACAGUUCCAGUAUGGUGCGUGGAAAUACCUUGCUGCUAGUUGCUGUGGUUUGCUUUCUGAUUUCGGCUGGGCGGGCCCAGCUGCAGGUUCAGAAAUGCAAAAAAGGGGUUGUUCCGACCAAACUUCAAAUCGAGGGGUGCCACAAAGCUCCCUGUACGAUUGUCAAUGGGGAAACCUUGAAAUUUAGUGCGGAAUUCAUUAAUCCACAUGACACCAAAUCGCUUACCGCCAAAGUGAUUCCUCGCGUCGGCGGGCUGGUCAUCGGCUACGAACUACCGGAGGAACACCGUGAUGGAUGUAAAAAGCUUACGAACGCCCAAUGUCCGCUUAGAAAGGAACAACGUAUCGAGGCCGCCGGAGAGGUUCCAGUGGAGUCACCGAUUUCGAACGUAAAAGUCAACAUCGAAUUUCAACUGCACUCGGAUUCCGGCGUUGCAGUCUGCUUCAAGAUCGAUGCCAAAGUGGUAAAAUAAUGAAAUAAAGAAAAAGUUAUCUUUACACCAGAGCAAAA